AGGCGCUGUUUUGGGCUGACCGCGGACUCCACAAUAUGGCUUUAGAUUUUGGACUUGAUCUUGACGAGCUGACAUCAGCUUUCAGCGCGAAAGAAACAUCAAAGUCAGCCUCAAACGUUCCGACAAGACAAUGCAUAGACGCCCCAGAGUUUGCUGAGAAAAAAAGGAGAGCUGAAGCGUCGUUAAAACCACUAUUACAAGAAGUCUCUGUUGGUGUUUCUUCCGAUGAGCCAGCAAAACGCUCCAAACUCGCCUCAGAGUUGGAUGCUUUGGAGUUCAAAGCCCCUAGAAUCAAGAUCCACAAAAUUGCUGCCCCGGAUGCGUGUACGCACGAAGUUGCUGUCCCGCCGGAUAUGGAGUAUCUGCCCAUCACAAAGGAUAGCAGACCUCCUGCAAAAACCUACCCGUUUACCCUCGAUCCGUUCCAGCAACAAGCUAUUACCUGUAUAGAUAAUAACCAGUCAGUCAUGAUUUCAGCACAUACCUCGGCGGGAAAGACUGUGGUAGCAGAGUAUGCCAUUGCAACAGCUCUACGCGACAAGCAGCGAGUUAUCUACACCACACCCAUAAAGGCUUUGAGUAAUCAGAAGUAUCGAGAAUUCUACGAGCAGUUCCCAGAAGUCGGUUUGAUGACGGGCGACGCCACUAUCAAUCCCAGUGCAAGUGUCCUCAUUAUGACCACGGAGAUACUGCAGUCCAUGUUGUACCGGGGUGCCUCUAUGAUGCGUGAGGUCGGUUGGGUGGUAUUUGACGAAAUUCACUACAUGCGCGAUCCGGAACGGGGUGUGGUUUGGGAGGAAACAUUGGUCUUAUUACCCGACAGUGUUCGGUAUGUGUUUCUCAGUGCGACCAUCCCGAACGCCAGGCAGUUUGCCGAGUGGAUCGCCCACUUGCAUCAUCAACCUUGUCACGUCGUGGCUUCUGACUGCCGUCCGGUUCCCUUACGGCAUUAUCUGUAUCCAGUUGGAAGCGAAGGUCUCUAUCUUGUACUGGAUGAGGGCAAAUACCUGGAGGACAAUUUUGAACGUGCGAUGCGGUCUUUCAUGUCCUCCACCGAUCCUGAGCGGAAAAAGCCCAUUGGAAACAAACGUUCAGAAAACAACGUCAUACAAAUUGUGAGGCUCCUUAAGCAUCGUAGUCUGGAACCUAUCAUUGUGUUCAGUUUCAGUAAGAAGGAAUGCGAGAUCUAUGCUCUCCAACUGGCCAAGUUCGACUUCACCAGCGAUGCUGAAAAGAAGAUUGUAGAUGAGGUGUUCCGCAAUGCCAUUGAUAGUCUUUCUUCCGAGGAUCGGUCUUUACCGCAAGUGGAGAGCGUGUUGCCUCUACUACGUCGUGGUGUGGGUAUACAUCAUGGUGGCCUUCUCCCUCUGCUCAAGGAGACGGUGGAAAUCCUCUUCGGUGAGAAUUUGAUCAAGAUAACCCCCGGUGAAUACAUCCAAAUGUCUGGUCGUGCAGGCCGUCGAGGCAAAGACGACAGCGGUACGGUGAUUCUGAUGGUUGAUGAGACCAUGACCGACGAAGCAGCUCGACAAAUCAUGAUGGGCCCUCCUCCUCCACUGAAUUCCGCUUUUCGCCUGACGAACAACAUGUUGCUCAAUCUUCUCCGAGUGGAAGAAAUCAAUCCAGAGUACAUGAUGGAGCGCAGCUUUUGCCAAUUCCAAAACUAUGCUAGUCUACCUGUCAUGUAUCGAGAACUCAGCGAACUCCGUGACUCUUACUGCUCUACCAGCAUAGAGGAUGAAGAUUCUGUGGAAUCGUAUCAACAAAUUCGUCUUUGUCUCAAUGAUCUUAUUGGACAACAAUGGCACUACAUUAGGCGACCGCAAUAUAUAGUUCCAUUCCUCCAGCCCGGUCGACUCAUCAAGGUCACCACCGACACCUGUUCUUACGGCUGGGGUGCCGUGAUCAACUUAAAAAAGCGUCACCGACAAGAUCGUAGCUCGACUCCAGAAUCUUUCUAUAUGAUCGACUGCUUGUUGUCAACACAGCCUCAGAAACUUCGUCCAGCUGAGGGAGGAUCCGAACCUGAUACAACCACAUCCGCCAACCCCGCGACCAGUAGUGAGCAGGCUUCAGCCGAAGUCAUCCCCGUGCGAUUGGACUGUGUUGUUGGGAUCAGCGCAGUUCGCCUUAUGGUCCCGAACAACUUGUUGCCCAAAGAAUCCCGUCAGGGUGUGUUGAAUGCGAUAGAGAAGGUAAUCACGCGUAUGGGUGGCGUUCUGCCUCCGUUAGAUCCGGUGGAAGAUAUGCGAAUUUCGGACCCGAAGUUUCUGGAGAUCAAUGAAAAAGUCAAGGCGUUCGAAGAACGGCUCACUCAUCACUGGCUCCACGACGAUCCGCGUCUGCCGGAGCUUUUACGGGCGUUUGAGAAAAAAGAGCAGCAACGACAGCGCAUUGAACAGCUGACCAAAAACCUUAGUGGGAAAGUAUCUCUGGUUCAGCUGGAAGAGUUGUCCGCUCGGAAGCGUGUGCUCCGUCGACUAAAUUUCGUUUCGGAGCAUGACGUUAUUGAACUCAAAGGUUGUGUUGCGUGUGAAAUCACUUCAGCUGACGAGCUACUUCUAACCGAAUUGCUCUUCGACGGGGUAUUCAAUCGGCUCUCAGCGGAACAUAUCGCUGCGUUGCUGUCAUGUUUUGUAUUCGAGGAGCGCGCUUCUGAAAUGCCAAAGCUGACGAAGGAAUUGUCGGAUGCAUUGAGAACACUUCAAGAUACGGCCAGACGUAUUGCUCGAAUUAGCAAUGAAUGUCGCCUCAAAGUAGACGAGGAUGCCUAUGUGGAUUCUUUCAAACCUCAUCUGAUGGAUCUGGUUGAUGCAUGGACACGGGGUGCCUCGUUUGCCAAAGUCUGUUCAAUGACCGAUCUUUUCGAAGGCACCAUCAUACGCACCUUGAGGCUACUGGAGGAGUUGCUUCGGCAAAUGGCCAACGCAGCCCGGACAAUAGGAAGUACGACGUUGGAAGAAAAAUUCACCGAAGCAAUUGAGAAGAUCAAACGAGAUAUCGUAUUUGCCGCUAGUCUGUAUUUAUAGCGACCCCCAUUCCCUGUUUUUUGUGGAUUGUACAGAGUUUAAACACUGUUUUGAAAAACAA